AUGGCUAAAGCCAUGUAUCCACGUGAUAUGAUUAAUUCGAAAUGUGAUUAUUACAUAAUUUCGAAUCCAAACUUUACUCUUGACCAGAAACGUGAAAUUCUUUUUCAUGUUAAUCAACCAGUUGAGAUCCCACUAGAAGAGUUUGAUAGCGAGUAG